AUGAUCCUGGGGGUCACCUGUCUGCUUAUACUUGUAGGUACUCACCUGUUGCAGCAUUCGGGCUCUAAGGAUUUGCACAAAGGUGGGAGUGACACGUCACCGAAGGAAAGACAGAGACUGGCUGCCAACGCCAAUCAAAGACCUAACGACCUCUACCGAGACUACAAAGGAAGGAGGGUCACUCCGUCCUCGGCUGCUAGAAAGGAUUCCAUGCACUUGACUUGGUCGUACACUCCACCUGUUGUUUUCCUUAAAACACACAAGACAGGAGGCAGCACCGUCCAAAACCUGCUGUUCCGCAUGGGAGAGAAGGACGGAGCCACCUUUGCUUUUCCUCAUUACACCUACCAGUUCAACUAUCCAGAUAAAUUCAGGGCAGAUUUUGUGGAUGAGUUACCAGAAGGUUCUUCUAAUUUCGACAUCCUUUGCAGCCACAUGCGUCUGGACAUCGGACAGCUGAGAUCCAUGAUGCCACCGAACACCAUCUACGUCACCAUCCUCCGUGAACCUGUGCUGACAUUUGAGUCUGUUUUCUCCUGUUACACCUCCACUGUUCCUGCCUUCACCUUUGCCAAGAAGGCAGCAGCAGUAGAGCACAGAUCAGCGCUGUCAAUGUUCCUGGAGUCACCAGACUCAUUCUGGGACCCUAAAGAGCCUCGUGACGGCCUUGCAAAGAACCCCAUGAGCUUUGAUUUAGGCCUCGACGACCAGCAGUGGGACUCCUGGCAGACCGACCUGACCGAGCUGGAGGAAACCUUCCAGCUGGUUAUGAUCGCAGAGCACUUUGAUGAAUCCUUGGUCCUCCUGGGGGCCCUGCUGAAGCUGGAGUUUGAGGAAUUAGCCUACGUCCGCCUCAACGCUCGCUCUGCUCACAGUCUGACUCCACUGGACGACAUAACCAAAGCCAGGAUACGAGCCUGGAACAGGAUGGAUGUGCUGCUUUAUGACUUUUUCCUGAAGCUGUUCAGGGAGAAGGCAGCGCAGUACGGGCUGGAGAGGCUGAACAGAGACGUGGCCCGGCUGAGGGCCUCCGCUGACAGAAUCAGUAAGAAAUGUGUGUCAAGGAAAGAGGUGCCUCCUGGGGAACUGGAGGACUUAAUAAGACCCUUGCAGACUGAUUCAGCCACCGUGCUGGGUUAUGAAGUUAAGGGAAACCUGACCAAGCAGGAGCAGGGAUUCUGUAUGCGGUUUGUACUGCCUGAACACCACUACCACGCACAUCUCUAUUUCCAGCAGUACGGUCGGGCCAUGAGGGCUGUGCCUGCAGCGUAA